AUGAUGGGCAUACGAGUGCGCAAGGUAAUUCCAUCCCUUUAUGUCACUCUUCGGAACAAGGAAGGCAAGACAGCAGCAGAGCUCUUCAAAACGAACCACGAGGAGCAACUGAAGAUGGCACAAAAAUGGAUUAAGGAAACCACUCAGUCUUGUUCUACUGUAGCUGCACUUGUUGCUACCGUUGUCUUCGCUGCUGCCUAUACUGUACCUGGAGGUUCUGACGAAGAAGGAACCCCCAACUUCAUCAACUCUCCCUAUUUUCUUGUUUUCACCAUAUCGGAUGUUGUCUCCUUAGCAAGCUCCUUGACUUCACUUGUGGUGUUUCUCUCUUUGUUGACCUCUCCAUUCGAACUACAAGAUUUCCGUGUCUCGCUUCCUCGAAAACUUAUCGUUGGCUUCACCUUCCUCUUCUUCUCAGUGAUAACCACCAUGCUAUCUUUUGGGGCAACAAUUUUGAUACUCAUUCAAUCAGAGAAAAAAUUAACUACACUACUCCUUUCCAUUGCUGCAUUCCUUCCUGUAUUCGUAUUUGCAGUACUGCAAUUCCGUCUGUACGUGUCAUUUAUGGGCUCUACAUUCAACUUUCACAAGAUAACCAAGAAAGCUCUUCCUUCGCGUCUUGUCCGUCGCCUACCAGGGGGAAGAAAGCUCUCCUGA